AACCCCCUGCCCGACACGCCGUAACUCCGCUCACAGCGCAGGCUGCGAAACUCUCGAGAAGGAAACGGACGUGCCUUAAAGUUUGCUUAGCGCAAAUAAAAAUAUUAUAGUGUUUUGAAUUCGUGGGUCACGAUGAAGGCCCAGGACUGGCUCCUGCUCACCUGCUGUGUGUACGGCGUGUGCGUAAUCGGAGGGGCCUCAGAAGCAGAGAAUGACUUAAUGAAUAAGCUUUUCACCGCAUACAACCCCAAAGUGCGGCCGGCCGAGAAGCCCCAGAGCAGAGUGGUCGUGAGGAUCGGCAUGAUCCUGUCAUCUUUCAUUAGCCUGAACAUGAAGAAUGAAGAGAUGAACACCUUUGUGAUCAUGAACAUGGAGUGGAAGGAUCACCGGUUGACCUGGAACCCCAAAGAGCAUGAUGGGACUGACAUACUUCGAAUUCCCUCAAAAAAAUUAUGGCUCCCAGACAUCGUUCUUAUCAACAAUAACGAUGGUGUGUUCGAUGUGUCUCUGUAUGUCCAUGCCCAGGUGUACAGCAAUGGGCGAGUGACAUGGUCUCCCCCUGCUAUCUACCGGAGCUCCUGUGGAGUUAAGGUGACAUACUUUCCCUUUGAUUGGCAGAACUGCACCAUGAUAUUCCACUCUUCUACGUACGACUCCUCUGAAAUAGAUCUUCAGUAUGCCCUCGAUGAGAAAGGCGACGAGAUCCGAGAGAUCAUCUAUGACACAGUCUUCAGUGAGAGCGGUGAGUGGUAUAUUCGUCACAAGGUGACCAAGAAGAAUGUGAAGAAGGAAGACUUCUAUGAGGACAUCACCUUCUACCUGAUCAUCGAGAGAAAGUCCUUGUACUACAUCAUCAACAUUAUCCUGCCCUGCGUCUUACUCACCAUCAUCGCUAUCUUUAACUUCUAUCUACCACCCGAGGCUGGAGAGAAGAUGGGUCUUUCCAUCAACGUUCUGCUCACCCUCACUGUCUUCCUUCUCCUGCUGGCUGACAAAGUUCCGGAGACUUCCCUAGGCGUGCCCAUCAUAGUGAACUACCUGAUGUUCACUAUGAUCCUGGUGACGUUCUCUGUCAUCCUCAGUGUGGUGGUGUUGAACCUGCACGAACGUUCACCCAACACCCAUGACAUGCCCCUGUGGGUACGCAAGAUCUUCCUCCACCAGCUGCCCCCAUACCUGGGCAUGCAAAGGCCCAAGGUGGAGGUGCUGCCCUCCUUGGAGCGUCCUCCCAAGAAGGAGAACCUCAACGCCACUAGCCGAGGAGCAGACGAGUACUUUAUCCGCAAGCCCAACACCAGUGUGCUCUUCCCCAAGCCCAACAGGUACCAGCCAGACGGCCUCUGUACGGACCUGCGGAAAUUUAUCGAUGGCCCCAGUCUGCACCUGACUCUGCCUCCAGACCUGAAGUCUGCCGUGGAGGCAGUCUGCUACAUCGCCGGGCAGAUGCAGGCGGAGAAGGAUUACCAUGCUAUGGUGGACGACUGGCAGUUUGUUGCCAUGGUGGUCGAUCGCCUCUUCUUCUGGAUCUUCGUCGUCUUCACCACCAUUGGUACACUCGCCAUUUUUGCUGAUGCCAGCUUCAAUGCCACACCCACUGACCCCUUCAUGGAACCCUGACCUUGGAACUCAUCACCCUGACCUUUGACUUUUGAGAUCCAGAACACACCUAGGCAGUGGGCAAAGCACACUGCUGAACACAGAAUUUCAUAUGUUUACGUCCAUGCUCAUGUGUCGCUAUAGAUAAAGAGUGCAAUAUUUAUUCUGUCACUCAGUGAGAAGUGUUCUGUUAAAGAUAAUAGCUGUAAUAGUUUUUUGAUAAAAGUGUGAAUUUGAUGUGUUAAUUAAAGAUACUGUGUAUGAAAAGGAA